GGACGUUUGGACAUAAAAACAGGCGGAUAUUAGGAUGAAACCCACCUCCGCCUCGAGAACAACCACGGCACUCGACAGAUUAGCUGUAUCAACGCACUGAACCCCAGUUACUCGACCAUGCAGUUCAAGUUAUCUCUUGCAAGUGUAGCGCUCUGCCUCGUCGGAGGCAACGCACUCGUCCAUCCGGGGUCGAGCUCAACGUCCUACGGCAUUAACAAACGACAGGACGACUGUCUGACCGCCAAAGAAUCGCAGACGCUGGCUGAGGACUUUGCGUGGCUGGUUGCCUCGUGGAACGUCAACACCACGUACAGCGAAGCGCUCCUCAACGCCACGUACGCCGAGAACCUUCACGACUGGUCCGACAGCAUCCGCGUCAUGGAAAGUGCUGGCUGCACCAACGGUCCGGAGCCCCUCGCCAACAGCCGCGCCGAGUUCGCCGUUGACCAGGCCACACUGGAGCCAUUCGAGUUUGAUGUGCUCAAGGUGUGGCACAGCUGCGACGAGGUGACGUUCUUGUGGCAGCACCCUAAUUCGGCCGGACACCGGGUGCGUGGGAUUGUCCUCUUGGAAACCGGCUGGGAACGGGGAGCGUCCGAGGGGAAUAGGGGUGGCGGUGACAAGAGGCUCGUCAAGACGGUCUAUUCUGAAUUCAAUACCGUCUCGUGGUUCACCAACACGGGCGUCUUCACCCCGGCCAACUGCACUGGCCAUGCCCCGCCGCUGCAGUCUUGA